AGCAUGGGAAUAAUCAAUUCCGAAAAAUAUUCAUUGGAAUCUUUCGGGAAAGAUGAAAGGGAUAUCUUCAGAGACAUUUACAAAGAGUACAGGUCUUUGAACGGCAGCGAACCGAUUAAUUACCAUGAUUGGCUUGUUAUGAACAACUUCGGGAUCUUGUCUGAUACUCAGGAGUCGCUGUUCCAAAGGAAAAUGAGCAAGCGCAGCACGGUGGAUAACAAGAGGGAGUUCAUUAACACGGUCAAGAAAGGAGACAUAUUGAUUACGGGUAGAGGUGUUGGGGGAUUGAUUGGGCAUGCCGCGAUUAUGACAUCGGAUUACUGGGUUUUAGAAAUGCCCGGCGGAGAUGGUUGGGAGCUUGGCAUACCGGACAACAAUAGACAGGUGCCGAAAGACCAAUGGUUCGAUAUGCACGCUUCGGAUUGGACAACUGUUUACCGUUGUACAGACGCUGAGGCGGCAGUCAUGGCUGCGCGUUGGGCCGACCGUACAUACUACAAUCCUUCAGGCGGGGAGAAGAAGGUAAAGCAUAUUACGUAUCAAUUGACCACUGAUAUUUGGUCAACGAAUCCUAGUUACUGUUCGAAACUCGUGAUCCAAGCUUAUUACUUUGGUACGGGUUCAAAGAGCGUCAUAAAAGAUUUGUCGUUGAUCGGUCGUCUCAUAGUGCCUUCUACAAUACCGUCGUAUUUCUUAAGGCCAUACGGUCUCAUUAAUAAAGGAAAGUAUUAG